UAGCAAGAGUGCCAAAGCGCGAUGACACUCGCCUAAUCAUCACGAUCUGCCAGCAAUGGAACCUCAAGACUCAAACGUAACCAGUUAACCACUUCAUGGGACCAACAAACUCUGCGAGGAGUGGUGGAUGGCGGCAAUAUGCAAACAACCCGUGAUCCAUGACCAGCCUAUCCCGUGCAAUAACAACACCUCGUAUCAUACUGCGCAUAGGUCCCAACAAUAUACUUCCUGCACUGGUGCUUGUCGCACUUCUUGGGCUCGUGUCGCAUGCACUCUGUAGUGUCGGUCAUGACACUAAACUUCCUCUUGCCGCUCUUCGAGGGAAGGUCGUUACCAUCCAAAGGCCGACUGCAGAUCUCACAGACGUUGAGCAUAUAAAAGCAGUACUGCUCGAAAUUGUAAUGCGGGUCUUUAGUUUUCAGGUCCUCGGAGUUUUUGUAGAAGACUCGUUGAUAAUAGGGCAAGGAGCUUGUUGCCAUGGCACUGCCCAGUGUCUCACAGGGUCGACUACGAUCUCGAAGAAGUGUUAGCCACGCAUGCCAUGACUUCAACCGCAAAAUUUGAGCAAGUAUUGUGAGAGUAAAACACUAUGAGCCUUUUGAAUAUAGAUUCAAUCUUUAGCUUGAUUCAAGACGACUCAUGCCCAG